AUGGGAAUCCCAAAAUACGGCGUCUGGGUCGCCCACCCAACGCACUACGAAGCCGAGACCGAAAAACAAGACCCCAAGUCCCCGCACAUCUACCUGUACUUCACCGACGGCACCAGCACCAAACAGUACCAAGCCGCCAUUAACGUCAAGUCCACAGACAAGGACACCAGGCUUGUCUUCUGGCUGGACCGCAACUUCUCCCAUCCAAUCGCGCAGUCCCUAUCCGACCUCAAUGGAGGGGUUACUCUUCUCAACAGCGAGGGGAUGAAAGGACUGGAUUACAUCCGCACAAAAGGCCUGGCGGACAUAAAUGCAGGCAAGAUCCUCCCGCACGACAUCCCUGGGCCGAACAAUGAUAUCCUGAAUUCCCUUGAUCCCAUCCUUUCGACUGCGAUUGCGCAAAAGGCAAGGAUGUAUGUGUUUGGGUCAUCGUAUUGGACGGGCAUCCAUGACGUGCAUAUGAACCAGGGGAGUCUCCCGCAGUAUGAGAACGUGGUGUAUGAGGAUGGGGCGGUGAUGUUUGAGUUUGAGGACGGGCAUUGGGAGGCGGUGUUUUUGGCGUUUGCGUCGCAGAGGAUUCCGACGGAUGAUAACGGAGAGGUGGAAGAUGGGAGUAAGGAUUUGGCGGAGAUUUUGGGGAGUGGUUCAUAG